AUGGCCAGGCGGUUUCCGCGUUUGUAUCUCUUGGUGAUUGUUUUCUUUGAAGUUCUUGUUUCAGAGGCUCGGGCUUUUACGAAUCCUUCUGACGUCACAGCUCUUCAAGAUCUGUACAAGACACUGAAUAACCCACCUGAGCUGAAGGGAUGGAAAUUGGAUGGGGGGGAUCCAUGUGAGGAAUUAUGGACAGGAGUGUCAUGUGCCGGUUCAUCUGUAAUCCUCCUUCAACUUCAUGGAUUAAACCUUCAUGGGUAUCUUGGCGGCCAGCUCCAUAAUCUCCACAACUUAAAGCAUAUGGAUGUUAGCUUCAAUAGCAUUAUGGGUGAAAUUCCAUAUGGCUUACCACCAAAUGCAUCUCAUAUAAACAUGGCAUUCAAUAAUUUGAGCCAAAAUUUACCCCACUCUUUACCAACUAUGAAAUAUCUUCGGUAUCUGAACCUAAGCCACAAUUUGUUAUCUGGACCAAUUGGAGAUGUGUUUACUGGGCUGCAGAUAAGAGAGAUGGAUCUAUCAUUCAAUAACUUCACUGGAGAUUUACCAAUCUCCUUUAGAUCUCUGAUAAAUCUUACUGCACUGUUCCUGCAGAACAAUAAAUUCACUGGAUCAGUCGUCUACCUUGCUGAUCUUCCCUUGAUUGACCUAAAUAUUGAAGAUAAUGAAUUUAGUGGUGUUAUUCCGAGCCAGUUUCAGUUCAUUCCCCACUUAUGGAUUUGGGGGAAUAGGUUCGACAAGGUUGGCAACCAUCAACCUUGGAAGUUCCCUUUGAAUGUUAUACCCCUUAAGCACAAUAUUAGCAAUCUCCCAACAACUGAAUCAAGUGUCAUUGAAAACUUCCCUGCUAAGAAAGGUGGAAGCAAGAAGAACAAAAUCGGGUCUAAAGGAAUAGCUGGUUUGGUUGGUGGAUUAGCAAUAGUUGCAACCUGUACUGUGUUAUUCAUAUCGAUCCGCAUCAACAGAGCCCGUACGGAAAAAUUUAACAGCUUUCAAGACCACAGUUCUACACCACCAGAAGAAAGCCCACAAUAUUUCACUACUCAGCCUCCACCAGUUCUCAGACAAAGAAACAUGCUUCCUACUUUCCCAAUCAGAAUGGAGAAAACACCUAGACGAAAAAGUUUCUCCAGCAAAAAGUUCCUGGCUAGGGUGAAAUUUUACUCACUUUCUGAGCUUCAGUUAUCUACUGGAAACUUCAACGAAGGGAAUUUUCUCGGAGAAGGAUCCCUUGGUUCUGUGUAUAGAGCUGAGUUAUCUGAUGGCCAAAUUUUGGCUGUAAAGCACAUCAACAUGGUGUCACUGUCUUUCCAAGAAGAGGAGCAAUUUAUGGAUGUGAUUCAGUCAGUAUCGCAGUUAAGGCACCCAAAUCUUGUAACACUUCUUGGCUUCUGUGUAGAACGUGGACAACAUCUCCUGGUUUAUGAGUAUGUUAGAAAUUUAUCUCUUGAUGAUGCUCUGCACAAUCAUGGACAAAAUCCAUUGCCCUGGGCCCUCCGUCUCUAUAUUGCUCUUGAUAUUGCUAGGGCCUUGAACUAUCUGCACUCUGCGUUCUCUCCUCCUGUUGCUCAUGGCAACUUAAAGGCUUCAAACAUCUUACUCGACGAGGAUCUUGUGCCUCGUAUCACUGAUUGUGGGUUAGCAAUUUUACGGCCACUUACAAGUAAUAGUGCUUCUGAAAUUGCUAUUAACGACACUGGGUAUGUUGCACAUGAACAUGGGCAACCAGGAGAUGAUUGCACAAAGAGUGACACAUACUCCUUCGGGGUUUUGCUUCUGGAAUUGCUAACCGGACGCAGACCUUUUGAUAGUUCAAGACCAAGGGAAGAACAGUCACUAGUGAAGUGGGUGUCAUCCCGGCUUCACGACAGGGAGUCUUUGGAACGGAUGGUUGAUCCACGUAUUACAUCAAAACCAUCACCAAAGGCUCUCUCCCGGUUUGCUGAUGUCAUCUCUCUCUGUAUUCAGCCUGAGAAAGAAUUUCGACCACCAAUGUCCGAAGUAGUGGAACAUCUGAUACGUCUGCUACGAAUUCCUACCAUCGCCAAAAGGAGCGCUGGAGAUGGUAUUGAAGCUGAUCCUUUUGAGAGAUAUUCAACUGAAUGGGAUAAUUGUCUGCCAUAAUCAGGGUUGGAAAUCUGAAGCUCAUUUGAACAGUUUAUCUUGUCAAAUGCUGGCACCUAAUGCCUCAGAGAUCUAUUCUCACAGAUCUCUUCGGGAUAUUUUGAAUUCUUUUUUCGUGGAUAGGAAGUUUCGUACAGUCAUGUGAUUACUAGUGUCCAUUAAGAAUGUGAGGAAGCAGGAUAAGAUUUUGAGUUCUUCUGCAUAAUAUGUACCGAGCAACUAGUUGAUACCCACUUCUCUAGCCGGUGUCUUCGAUCUACCCAACCACCAGUAUUCCAUCACAUGUUGGUGUAAACAACAUUAUACAUGUUUUUUAGUGAUAGUUGUCAGCUUAUCUCUGCGUAUUUUUUGUAUAUUGAAAGUUCCGCUUCUGCCAUUACAUAGAUAAUCUACGGAAUUAGGGAUCCUC